GCCCAUCAUAGCCUGAAUUCCGCAGCCGCUGGCCCCACCCUCACCCGGACCUGGCCCUCCAGAGUCUCCCCCAGGGACGAUGUUGGUGGCUCUGCUGAUCGCCCUCAGCUGCAUGGGCCUCCACACCUUCUGGCAGGCCCAGGCUGUUCCCAUCCUGCCCCUGGGCCUGGCCCCAGACACCUUUGAUGAUGCCUAUGUGGGCUGCUCAGAGGAAAUGGAGGAGAAGGCAGCCACCCUGCUAAAGGAGGAGAUGGCCCGCCAUGCCCUGCUGCGGGAGUCCUGGGAGGCAGCCCAGGAGGCCUGGGAGCACAGGCAUCGAGGGCUCACCUUGCCCCCUGGCUUCCAGGCCCAGCACGCAGUGGCCAUCAUGGUCUACACCAACUCAUCUAACACCUUGUACUCGGAGCUGAACCAGGCUGUGCGGACGGGUGGUGGCUCCCGGGACCUCUACAUGAGGCACUUCCGCUUCAAGGCCCUGCAUUUCUACUUGAUCCGGGCCCUGCAACUCCUGCGGGGCAGUGGGGGCUGCAGCGGGGAACCUGGGGAGGUGGUGUUCCGAGGUGUGGGAAGCCUUCGUUUUGAACCCAAGAAGCUGGGGGACUCUGUUCGCUUGGGACAGUUCGCCUCCAGCUCCCUGGAUGAGGCAGUGGCCCGCAGAUUUGGAGAGAAGAGGCGGGACUGUGUGUCAGCACCAAGGGGUCAGCCAGACUCACCCUCCAAGGACGCCUUCUCUCUGCUCUCCUGGAAGACCAUGAUUUUGGCCCCUGGGGGCUUCCAGUUCUCAGGAGCUGACCCCUGA